AAGGUGAUGCUGGAAGAGGCCGUAAGCCGACAAACGGAUCGUGUGUGGGCCAAGGGCACCCUGUCAGAAGCGGGCCUGACAGCUCUCAUGGAGGAGGAUUUCGUGGAUAAAAACAAGGAGAUGGACGAAGCCGCCAAGGCUGCCUUAGAGCGUUUGGACGGCAUCGUCGGAUUGAAGCCCGUGAAAGAGUUCGUCCGCUCCCUCUACGCGACCCUCCUCAUGGAGCAGCGGCGCCGGGAGAUGGGGAUGGAAGCUCCAGGCGGAAGUCCGACCUUGCACAUGGUGUUCCAAG